GUUCAUUACCUUUACAGCCAUAAUUUUAUAUAAAAAUAAAUAAUCUUGUUAUUGUAAUUUGUAAACACAGUUUCCAGCUGAUUGUCUCGAAGUUUGUAGACUUGUGGUUGUUAUCAAUUUUAUUUCUAUUUUGUAUGACUUUUGUAUACAUCGUACGAUGUAACGAAUAACGUCAUUGCAGAUCGCUGCUUUGAUUGUAAUAAAUAUUGCGUAAAAAAGCGGAAAUUGUAAAUAAAGUUUAUACAUAACGAACGACGGACGUGCUCCAUAUUUGUUUCUUUAAUUUAAAAUAACAAAUAUGUCAAAAAACAAGUGCUACUUUUUAAUUUUUGUUGCACUUUUAGUGUCUAAAACUUCCUUGGGUUUGUCGCCGGUUAUUUUUAUACCAGGUGAUGGGGGAAGUCAACUAGAAGCUAAGUUGAAUAAGACAAAUGUGGUUCACUACAUUUGUGCAAAGACUUCAGAUGAUUACUACAACAUAUGGCUUAAUCUCGAAUUGCUUGUUCCAUUUGUCAUCGACUGCUGGGUUGACAAUCUUCGUUUAGAAUAUGAUAAUGUUACACGAACAACACGCAAUUCACCAGGUGUGGAUAUUAGAGUACCCGGUUGGGGUAACCCAGAGCCUGUAGAGUGGUUGGACCCAUCACAUGACUCCGCUGGGUCAUAUUUUAACACUAUUGCAGAUUCUCUAGUGAAAAUAGGGUAUGUGAGAAAUGUAUCCUUGAGAGGGGCUCCAUAUGACUUUAGAAAAGCCCCAAAUGAAAAUGGAGAGUUCUUUAUAAAGUUAAAAUCACUUGUAGAGGAAACUUAUGCGAUGAACAAUAAGUCAGCAGUGACAUUCAUAGUGCAUAGCAUGGGUGGCUCCAUGGCUCUACAUUUCCUAAGGCUGCAAACUCAGGCCUGGAAAGAUCAGUACAUUAGGCGGAUGAUAUCUCUGUCUACACCCUGGGGAGGUGCAAUGAAGGCACUCAAGGUUUUUGCAAUAGGCGAUGACCUAGGCUCGUUAAUGUUGAGCGAGAGUACAUUGCGCACUGAACAGAUCACUUGUCCCUCCCUCGCCUGGCUUCUGCCUUCUCCCAACUUCUGGAAACCGUCCGAAAUCCUCGUGCAGACUGAUAAAUUCAACUAUACCAUUAACGAUCUCCAGAAAUUAUUCACCGACAUGGAGCUGCCGAAUGCGUGGGAAAUGUGGCGCGACACCGAGAAGUUCUCGCGGGACUUCAGCGCGCCUGGCGUCGAGCUGCACUGUAUCUACGGGUACAACAUCUCCACCGUCGAGAGGCUGGUGUACAAGCCGGGCUCGUGGCUGGACGGCUCGCCGACGCUGGUGGGCGGCGACGGCGACGGCACCGUCAACCUGCGCUCGCUGAGCGCGUGCGAGCGCUGGCGCGGGCUGCGCGCGCACGCGCACCCGCUGAGGAGCCUCGCGCUCAGCGGCGCCGAGCACCUGCGCAUCCUGCGGGACCCGCGCGUCGCGCACUACCUCGCCGCCGUGCUGGGCGGCCCCGCGCCCUGAUCGCGCCCCCCUGUGUCGCAGCGUGCUAUGAACGCGAUUGUGAAAUAGGUAUAUUCGUUGUACAUGAAAAUUAAGUACAUAGUGCCGGUUGAGUGAUUUAUUUUACUGUAGAAUUAAGUUUUCACGUCUCGUCUGAUAAAUUUAGACAUGCUGCGUGCAAAUGUGUGUCACGUUUGCGUGCAGUUCGGUGGUCAGUUAGUUUGGUAGUAGUUGAAAUUAUUCAAAAUAUAAAUUAGAUUUACGAAAUAUGGUGUUAGGUAAUAUCUCCAAAAAUUAAAUAUUUUUACUCCAGUGAUAAAUUGUAAGGGUAUUUCUUAGUAAAUUAAAUCGCUUAGAUCUUAGACUACCGUAAUGUUAGUUGCAAAUAUGCCUAAACAUUUUUUUUAUGAAUGAGUAGUAAAAAAUGAUCUUAAGCUCUCUAGUAUUUGAAAUAUAAAUGUAUUAAUUUUUAUCUCAUCAUCUACCAAAGUGCUAGAUAACCUCAAAUUCCAUUAAAUGCAAUUUGAAAUCAUAUCAGUGUGAAUAUUAGAUAUUUUAUGUGAUGAUUUUAAUUUUAAAGAUAAAAAAGACUAGUAUUGUAUACAUAUAUCGCUUUUCGAUAAGAUUUAUUACUUAUAAACUUGCCAAGAAUAUAUUUAUAAGUCUUAGUAAAUGAAAUAAUGUAAUUAUUUCAGUUGUCUGCUUUGUAGUAUUAGUUUAUUUUAGAAUUAAUUACACACGGUGCAAUAUGUUUUUUUUAUAAUAAAAAAAAUAAAUAUUUUAUGUGAUGUUAUUUUAAAUACUGAAAUAAAUAAAAAAAAGAAAUAUGCAAAUAUAAAUAUCAUUGAUAAUUAUUUUUUUCUGAAAUAUUUGUUGGUUGUCCAAGAUAAUCAAUUAUUCAUAUCAGAAGUUUUGUUUUCUUUAAUUUGAUGAAUUUAAGACUCAUUGUUAUGAUGCCUAAAAAUAUAUUUUCAUGUAAAUCAGUAUAUGUAAUGUUUGUCAGUUUGUUAAAUAAUUAUGGAACCCUGUAACAUGGGUUAUUUAUAGAAUAAAAUACUCAUUAACCAGCUCAAAACAUUUAUGCAUCUGUUAAAAACUUACAUUUUAUCAAAUGACCGAAAAUAUUAUGUAUAUAUAAUAUAUAAAUUUCGAUUAUUUACCUUAGCUUUAUGGCUGUGAUAUAAUGUAAAUUCCCAAUGCAUUGAUCAAAUUAAAGAUAUUAUUAUAUUUAUGAAUAUAAUUAAUAUCGUUAAAUGUAGAA